CCCUCCACCCUCUCAGUCUCUGCAUCCUCCUCCGGUGGUGUCGGAGGCUCAGUGAAUGCGGCUGAGAGUGGAGCGAGAACGCGCCUGACACGGAUACUGUGCAGUUUUACAGGAGGGAAACUAGAAGCUUCCGUCCUGUCACUCCUUUUUUUCGCACUCCGGAUCAAGUGGCUGUAUGAAUCGUAACUUUCUUGCUCUGAGUUGAUUUUUGUUCUUAGCUCUUUUUUUCUAAUGGUGGAAAGCGCAGAGCUUGCUGCCGAUCACCUGCACCGCAUCGGACUAGCAGUCGAAUAACUGCAUUAUUCAUUUUUACGCACCAGUUUGUGCUGUCUCUCUUGUUGCCUACGACUAAUUAAAAAACAAACAAACAAAGAUUAUACGCGAUGUUGCCGUAAUUAGAACUCAACCUUUUCGUUUUGUGUGGCUAAAAACGUUUUUUUUUUCUUUCUGCUGCAACUGACAAAUUGACAGUGUUCAAGGAUGAAUACAAAUGGGAUUCGUGCGGCGAAUGGAAAACUAACAUAUCAUCUGUACAUGGGAGAACUAUACACUAAUAAGAAUGGGAGCGCGUUGCCUUUUGAUUCGUGAAAAAAAACCACAUUCCCCGUGCGCAACUUCAGCACUUCGGAUCCUGUCAAACAUACCACUGUUUAUUAAACGGAUGAUCGGUGGCGGCUGAGCCGGACGCACAGCUUUGACAGUCCUCCUGUUACCCCCUCCAGUUGUCAAUAUACAUAAUACGAUUCCAAGGAUGGCUGACUUGUGGCAUCGCAUCACGAACCUUGUGGACCUUCCCACGCCUAGGAGUCGCCGGACGAGCCAUCAAGAUCUCUAGAAUCUGCCCUCCGCCGCCCCCUCCCCCUCCCUUGUGUUGCAUCUCACAGUCCUUACCGCAAUCCAUUCGGCUCUUUCCUUUUCAUCUUAUAACAUCGCAAAUGUUCUCCCGUUCCCAUGGAGGUGGGACAACCUUGGGACUCAAGCAAGCAGUGGGGGUGAUUUUUUUUUUUAAGCACGCGCAACCCGUGAGCAAGAGACGCAUCGGGUGAAAUAGGAGCCCACCCUGCUCGCCCGUCUCCCCAGCACCCUCCCUAACCACCCGGAUCCAAGCCAGCGCGCCUGGCUUUCCGUUGAUGUGCAGCAGUCUGCAUGGAAAUGAAGGAGCGGGGAAGCCUUGUUGCUUCCGUGAAAUGUGUGUUUCCUCCGCGGCUGGGAGUGCUUCAGCGGCACCUUUCCAUCCAUGUCCCGCGAAUGCCGCCCCGAGUCUCCAAAAGGAGUCACCCACAUCAGCUUUAGAGGCUACUAAAUGAUUUUCUGGGGGCGGAUUUUUAAUCGGCGAGAUGAUGCUCAUUCUCCUGCUGGCAACCUUUUCCUCUUCAAUCUCAAGCUCCUCCCUCUCAUCCCCCUCCAUGUCAGAUGGACUCCCAAUGGCAGACCCUUCUGCUCCGGACUUGAUGUCAGAGACUUGCAGUGCCUGCUCCUGCUUGUCGGUGGAAAAUGUGCUGUACGUCAACUGUGAAAAGAUCACUGUAUAUCGACCGACGCAACUCAUUCCGCCUGUGUCAUCAUUGUACCACCUCAACUUCCAAAAUAACCUCUUAAUUAUUCUCUACCCAAACUCGUUCCUCAACUUCACCCAUGCUGUAUCUCUGCAGCUGGGGAACAAUCAGCUGCAGAACAUUGAAGGUGGCGCAUUCAUGGGGAUGAGUGCGUUGAAACAGCUGCACCUCAACAACAAUGAGUUGAAGGUGCUGCAAGCAGACACGUUUCAAGGAAUAGAAAACUUGGAGUACCUUCAAGCAGACUACAACUUGAUAAAGUACAUCGAAAAGGGAGCGUUCAACAAACUGCACAAGUUGAAAGUGCUGAUUCUGAAUGACAAUCUAAUACAGGCACUUCCUGACAACAUAUUUCGCUUUGCCUCCCUCACACACCUGGAUAUAAGAGGAAACAGGAUCCAGAAGCUUCCGUAUUUGGGAGUGCUGGAGCACAUCGGCCGGAUUGUCGAGCUACAGUUGGAUGAUAACCCCUGGAAUUGUACCUGCGACUUGGCACCUCUCAAGGCAUGGCUUGAAAACAUGCCUUAUAAUAUUUUUAUCGGGGAGGCCAUCUGUGAAACGCCGAGCGACUUGUAUGGAAGGCUGCUGAAAGAAACUAAUAAGCAAGAGCUUUGCCCAAUGGGUACGGGAAGUGACUUUGAUGUUCGAAUGCCACCCGCACUCCCCGAUACGGGUCAGACAUCCCCACCGACCUCCGUGGCUGCAAUGACCACAAAAUCGCCGAAAACCACAGACUCGUCCAAGAUGUACGGUAAUGGGAUUGUAGCCGGUUUGCCCCCUUUUGGAAGAAAUAGCCAGAUCGUUUCCUUUCAGACUCGGAGCCCCCCAGUGUUAUGCCCGCAGCCUUGCAGCUGUAAAACCCACCCUUCAGACUUUGGCAUUAGCGUCAGUUGUCAGGAAAGAAACAUCAAGUUUCUGGCAGAUCUUAUUCCGAAACCGCCAAAUGCCAAGAAACUUCACUUGAGCGGCAAUUACAUUCGUGACAUCAGCCCGAAUGAUUUCCACGAAUUUGAAGGUCUCGAUUUACUUCAUCUCGGCAGCAACCAAAUUGUCAGCGUCCAGAAAGGUGUGUUUGCUAACCUCACUAAUCUAAGAAGACUGUAUCUGAAUGGAAACCAGCUCGAGCAGUUACACCCCGAGAUGUUUUUGGGCCUCACAAACCUACAGUACCUAUAUUUGGAAUACAACGCCAUUAAAGAAGUCCUAGCGGGCACAUUUGACUCCAUGCCAAACUUGCAGCUCCUCUAUCUUAAUAAUAAUGUGCUACGGAGUCUUCCUGCCUAUGUGUUUGCAGGCGUCUCUUUAGCCAAACUUAAUUUGAAAAACAACCACUUCAUGACCCUGCCGGUCAGCGGCGUCCUGGACCAGCUGCGCUCUUUGACCCAAAUAGACCUCGAGGGCAACCCGUGGGAGUGUUCCUGCGAUUUGGUCGCUCUCAAACUAUGGCUAGACAAGCUCGGGGACGGAGUGGCCGCGAAAGAGGUGAGGUGCGCCUCCCCUGUGCAAUUCUCCAACAUUGAACUGCGCCUGCUGAAAAACGAGAUCUUGUGCCCAAAACUGAUUGCGCGGCCACCGUUUAUUUUUACCAGCGCCACCCCGGUGUUGACUUCACUUUCGCCCGCAGGAGUUGGCAAAGCCCAGCCCGGAGGACCCGUGCCCCUCUCAAUCAUGAUCCUGAGUAUCCUUGUCGUGCUCAUCCUUACGGUGUUCGUGGCCUUCUGCCUUCUAGUCUUUGUCCUCAGACGGAAUAGAAAACCAGCCGGUCGGCAGGAACUGGGGAAUCAGGAGUGCGGCUCCAUGUCACUGCAGCUGCACCGGCACGGCCACAAGUCAGGCAAAAAAGGUUCCGUUCCAGGAGACGAAUUAGGAGGCGAAACGUUUAUCCCCCAGACCAUCGAACACAUCGGCAAGAGCCACACUUGUGGCAUUGGACGUUCAUCGGACAUGGACGCGGGGUUUAAGUUCGCUGACUCGCAAAGGCAGAAAAUUAUCCUUCGCAGUUGCGGCGAUAAGGAUAAGGACGCACUUUCCACCUUGGAGCGCAACAAGCGCCUCAGCACAAUCGACGAACUUGAGGAAUUCCUACCAAAUCGAGAGCCCAGCAUGUUUAUCCAAAACUUCCUGGACAGCAAGAGAGAUUUCAGCAGCAUAGGAAUGGGCGGCUACGAAAUCCGCUACCCGGAGAAAACUCUCGAUCGAAAGAUGAAGAAAGCGUCGCUGAUAGGUGGGAACCACAGUAAGAUUGUGGUGGAGCAAAGAAAAACCAGCUGUGCGCAUACACUCCCUCGCACACACACACAUUCAGCAAAAAAGUGCCUUCUGGAAAAUCCUAAUGACCAGUGCUUAGAUGGACAAAAUGGCUCCAUACUACAAAGCUUUUACUUGGAUCAACGAGGAUACACGUUAAAGUGAAAGACGUUUGGAUCAUCCGUGCCACUCGUAUGAAUCGUAAUCUCGACACCACAAGACAGCCUACAAACAACCAGACAGUCUUAGUAUUUUUGCUGCUAUGGAAAUGGCGCCUUUUUUUUUCCUCCAUUGUAUAUUGCUGGUAUUAUUUUAUUUUCGUAUUCAUUUUUUUUUUUUUUUAUCCCCCCAACAAAUCAAAUGGUUGUUGGAACUGCUUGAAAAUAUACCUCGCCGGCUCCCUCCCUCAUUUGAUAACAGAAAGGUGGAAACAGAAAAAAAA